GUUUGUGUGGUGUUGGUGGCGGUGGAGCUGCAAGCAGUGAAGAGGAGGAGGAGGAGGAAGGGGGGGAUAAACACAGUGAUGGAGAGUGAGUGAGGGGGAGCGAAAGGGGGGAGGAGCGGAGAGAUGAUUCCUCUCUCUAAUCCUCUAGACACACGCUCGGUCUGGCUGCCUACUGGCUCAGUGAGAGAGGGAUAGAGAGAGAGAGAGAGACGGAGGCAGGUGGGAAGGAAAAAAUAAGAUGAAGGGAAAAGAAGAAAGGAGAGCUGCCUCUCGUAAACCACGCUGAGAGAAAAACAGCGAGAGAGGGGGAGAGGAACGAGGAGGACUGGAGAAACCGGCGACUCUUCGUGCAGAGGGAAGGAGACAGAGCAGCACGAAGAAGGAGGUGGAGGAGGGUGAUGCUUCAGUCCAGCGCUGCUUGAACCAAACCAGAAGAGAAAGAGAGGAGCAACAGAGAGAAGGUUAAGGAAUCCAUCAAGAAAAUAGCUGGAAGAGAGAACAAAAAAAAGAAAAGAGGAAGAAACAAAGAGGAUGGAGGAGCAGAGAACGAGCAGAGACACAGACCCCUUCCUCAGGCUCACAUGAGCAUAUGGACCUGAGUUACUACAAGAUGCUGUCAAAGAAGCAGUGUGAAGGCGGAGUAUUAGUGCGUGAGUGAUGGAUGUCCAUUUGCACAAACUACGGCUGCUCCUGGAAGCUCAGUAGAAGUAGAUGAGUGCUGUGUGUUGGACCAGGUGCGUGUGUGUCAGUGUUUAGAAGGUGUACAGGGUCAGGUGCAUCCGCAGGAGGGAAACAACAAGAGAGGGGGUUGAAAGACACGCUCACCUGAGCAGGUGCAUGGACAGCAAAUUACACACACAGCUAGCACAUAGGCGAGCUUCAGUCCAACCAUCUCAGGUGCAGAUCAAAGUGUGUGUGUGUGUGUGUGUGUGUGUGUGCACCUUAAAAAAGGUCACUGCAGCGACAAUGAAACACCACUGAGCUUCUUCACAGCUGCUUUUGACUCCUCUUUUACACCGAACACCUGAAGCCACUCCCUACCUCAACUCAACCCAACAACUUGACUCCGGCACUGGUGCCCUGCUGACUGGGAAGCCCCUACCUGAUUUACUGUGUCCAUUGAAUGCCCCUAAUUCCAACCAUGGGAGAAUGGACCAUCCUAGAGCGCCUCCUGGAGGCCGCCGUGCAGCAACACUCUACUAUGAUCGGAAGGAUCCUGCUAACGGUAGUGGUCAUCUUCCGUAUCCUGAUCGUGGCAAUCGUUGGGGAGACAGUCUAUGAGGAUGAGCAGACCAUGUUCAUCUGCAACACCCUGCAGCCUGGCUGCAACCAGGCCUGCUACGACAAGGCCUUCCCCAUUUCCCACAUCCGCUACUGGGUCUUUCAGAUCAUACUUGUGUGUACCCCCAGCCUCUGCUUUAUCACUUACUCUGUCCACCAGUCGGCCAAACAGAAAGACCGGCGCUACUCCUUUCUCUAUCCCAUAAUGGAGAGGGACUACGGGGGAAGGGAUGGGACUCGAAAACUCCGCAACAUCAAUGGAAUUCUUGUUCAACAUGGCGGUGAUAGCGGAGGAGGAAAGGAAGAACCUGACUGCCUGGAGGUGAAGGAGAUCCCCAACGCCCCGCGGGGCCUCACCCAUGGGAAGAGCUCCAAGGUUCGCCGGCAAGAAGGGAUCUCCCGUUUUUACAUCAUUCAAGUGGUGUUUAGAAAUGCACUGGAGAUUGGCUUCUUGGCGGGCCAAUACUUCCUUUACGGCUUUAGUGUGCCUGGGAUUUUCGAGUGCGACCGCUACCCAUGUCUGAAGGAGGUGGAGUGCUACGUGUCCCGCCCCACGGAAAAAACGGUUUUCCUGGUGUUCAUGUUUGCGGUGAGCGGCAUCUGCGUAGUGCUCAACCUGGCUGAGCUCAACCAUUUGGGCUGGCGCAAGAUUAAGGCCGCCAUCAGGGGCGUCCAGGCCCGCAGGAAGUCUAUCUGCGAGAUCAGGAAGAAAGACAUGGCACAUCUUUCCCAGCCACCCAACCUGGGACGCACACAGUCCAGUGAAUCAGCCUACGUCUGAUGAUGAAGAGACGAAAAAGCACAGGAGUGGGAUGAAUGUGCAAGAGAGAGAGUAAAUUAAUUAUGAUUUUAAUUUAAUGAAGAUGGUAUGGAGGUCAACAAGAUGACCCCCUCCUCUGUGGUGAUGGAAUGAAACAGAAUGUAAAAAAGACCAAACUUAUGCUCUAUGGCUUCAACUGAAAGUCAAAGCCAAAGAGUAGAAGAAGAAAACAAUUAAAAAGAUUAGAGAGAUGAAUAUGAUGUACACCAUUUGGUCUCAUGGGGGGGUGUACUCCAACUGCCAUUUUAUACUUUUGUCUUUUUUAAACUAACCUAACCUUCUCCUCUGCUCCUCAUUUCUUUCAAAGUGAGGAACUGAGUCCUUCAGGGAGGGGGGCUAGAGGGGGAAGGACUAAAGGUGAGAAGAAAAGGGGAAAGGAGAUGAGAACAGCUGUAUUCUUUGUAUUUUUGGGGAUUUUGGAAGAUGACAACAGUGUUUGAUGCAUCCCACUGUGCUCUUCUUCUGGACUGUGUCAGCGUCAAUGAAAACAAGAGGACAGGAUAGGGGAUGGGGAUGGGGAGGACUAACAGCAACAUCAUUAAAAGAGAAACGGAAGAACUGUCAAAGCCAUGACGAACUCUAGGGAAUGAAGGUGGGAGACAUCAUACUUUAAAAAAACAAACAUAUUAUAUACCCGAGGAGGAGGGAAAGAAGAGAGGAAUGCUUUCACUCCUAGGCUGGAGACUCGAGGUAGACCGAAGCCAAGUGAGAAAAGAGCUGCCUCUGAGCAGUGUCAGCUGGAACAUUGUCACAAGCCAAAACCAAGAGAAAAUGACUGACGAUGUUUAUGUUUUGUCUCUUGGCAAAAGAUGAUUUUAACACAAACACAGCGAGUACCAUCAACACUUUUUUUUUUCAUUCCUCCCCCCUAUCUCUCGCUCUCUCUGCUCCACUGUUGGCAGCUAUAUAGACCCCAGGCUCUUGGAUGAGAGUAAUGACCCUCGCUGCUCUCCUUCUGCAUAAACUUAGGAGGGGAACUAAUGAACAAGUGGACAAACGGUGUGUGAACUUCAGUCUCUCCUAAAGCACAAACCAAACUUCCCUCCUUCCAGCAUUCCAGCGUGCUGAGAGACGAUGGAGAGACAGAAAGAGAGGAGCAGAGAGGAAAGGCAGCGAGAGCCUGCAGAGGAGGGGAACAGAUCACUUUAUUACAACUUUAAAUACAUUUUAUAAAAUAUAUCACCAUGAUUUUUUUUUUCUUUUGAGAAAGCAAUGGUGCCAUCCUCGAGAUAUUUAACUAUUGUUAAAAAAGUUACAUAGAGUAUAUCGUGGUAAUAUUAUUUAUCCAUUUAGAAUAUAUCCAAAUAGAUUUAUUUAUCUUUGCGGGGGGGUUCAUUGGGACAUCAUAUUGCUGUUUUUCAAAUGUAUAAACUGUCUGUCUUUUUUUUUUCUUUUUUUUUUGUUAGUUUAAAGCAUUUCUCACUGAUGGAACUGAUUCAUGACAUGUACAGGGGGUGGGAAGGGACAAGUUUGUGAGCUUUGUUUUGAAAUGCUUCGAAGCUGUGCAGCUGUGCGGGAAACCUUACCAUUACCUUGCAAUUGUUUCUUAAUUGCAUUCAAAAUGUAGAACAGUGCAGCCUUGGUUUUCUUCCAAAUCAGCUGCACAGCUUCAGGCAACCAAGAGGCCUGUGAGCCACUUGAAAAAGGCAUGUUUACAUGAUGCGAUGUUUCUUGAAUGAUCAAGCUAUGUAACCGACGAGUAGGUACAGUUGUGUUUUUGAAUCUCAGUGUUUUUUUUGUUUUUUUUCAUUUUGCAUUUCUUUCCUGACUGGAUUUCAACAUGCAUGCCUUGUAAGAGAAAAAGAAUGACACGAAAGAAAAAGAUAAAGAUGACGGAGAGUGUUGCACCUUGAUUAAUGCGAACGACUGGGAGAGUGGCUGACUGAAGGAACUCAUCGUUGGACACAUUUACACAUAUACAAGUGCAUAAUUUAAAACAGGGAGCUACCACACUGCGAGCCUGUGAAACCAGACAUA